UUCUACAAAACCCUUCAAACGGUCAUAAAACAGUUGUAUUAAUACGGGACACGUAUGGAUAAAUGGAUCGGUCGAUUCGUGUCUUCCACGGAGCAAAACGACCAAAGAUACGUACGUGGGAGAAAUUCAUGGAGUGUCACCGUGUCGUUAGUCUGGUCGCGGUCGCGGUCGUGCUGCUGCUCCGGUGGCCGGCUUUGAGCUCUGCGCAGGCGCCGGUGUCGAGGACCAUCACGGUGGACAGUCAGGGAGGAGGGGAUUUCUGGAGCGUGCAGUCGGCGGUGAACUUCGUGCCCGACGGCAACCGGGAGUGGGUCAGGAUCCACGUCCGGGCAGGGAGCUACACGGAGAAGGUGAUUAUCCCGGCGGAGAAAGGCUACAUCUUGCUGGAAGGGGACGGCUCCUGGAACACGGACAUCAAUUUCAACGACUACGCCGGCGCCCACGUCCGCAGCCGCGGAGACACGUCGCCGACGUACAAGAGCGCCACCUUCACCGUCCUCGCCGAUGAUUUCAUCGCCCGGAACAUCACCUUCAAGAACACGCACAACGCUCACGACAAGAUCAACAAGAGCCAAGCGGUGGCGGCGCUGGUCCGCGGUGACCGGAACGCCUUCUAUGGCUGCGCCUUCCAUAGCUUCCAGGAUACGCUCUGCGACGACCUAGGCCGCCACCACUUCAGCGACUGCUUCAUCGAGGGCGGGAUCGACUUCAUCUUCGGCUACGGCCAGUCCAUCUAUGAUGGCUGCACCAUCGUGUCCAACAUGCCGCCGUCCUACGGCCAGAACCCUGGGUCGGUGACGGCGCACGGCAGGGUCGACGCCAGCGACCCCGGCGGCUUUGUGUUCAAGGGCGGCGAGGUCAGAGGCACCGGGCGCCAGUAUCUCGGACGCGCGUGGAACGAGUACGCCACGGUCGUCUACUACCACGUGAAUAUGUCCAGCAUCAUCGUCCCGCAGGGAUGGGAGGCAUGGAAAGCCGACGGCGAGACUAACAAUGUCGUAUUCGCAGAGGUUGGGUGCACCGGGCCGGGAUCGAACAUGACCGGAAGAGUGCCGUGGGAGAAGCAACUGAGCGAGCUGGAGGUGGAGAAGUUCGUGGACAUGAGCUACAUCGACGACGGUUGGAUAGGCGAGCAGCCAUACUAGUAUGACAUGGCCGGGCCUUCUUUUCUACAACUCACUCCUGCAUGUGUGCAAGUGGCUGGAAAAGUGCUCGAUCAAAAAGGAAAACUUUGUAACACCAAUCUGUUUUGUUUGUUUGUAAAUAUACACCAUAGCAUCUGUAUUUAGGAAAACAUACAAAGUAUAUAGACGCAAGCAAAAACAACUCAUACUAUUGUUCCACCACCAACAAAACGUCAUCGAAAUCCAGAUAUGAAUAGUGGCAUUUUUUGCUGUAGCAUUUCUGUCACACUAUAAUGCUAAAU